GGAAAAAUAUAGAUAAGAGGGGGUGGUGGGUCGUGGCCGCCUGGACCAAACACCAAACCAGGAACAGGAAGAAUUUAUCGAUGGACAAAAACCUAAGAAACCCUAGAUUCCUCUCAAAUCUCUAAUCUCUGGCUGGCUUUAUAGGAGAUUUCGGUCUUCGGGGAACAGAAAAGGAGGAUUCGAUCAAUCGGAGUAUCUCGAGUUGGUCUGUUGUGGAUGAGAUCUCCCCGGAUCUGCUCCAAAAGCCUGCAGAGGGAAGAUUUAAUGCUGUGUUUUGAGAUUGGAGCUGUGUUCUUUGAAGUUGAAGUAUUUAAUAGAUGCAUUUGAUGGAUGAUGACUGUUCUGAUGGAUAACUUGGGAGCUCCUUCAUCAAGGGAGCUUGUUCAACGCCUUUACAAUAAGAAUAUUGAGCUGGAAAACAGACGUCGUAAGUCAGCGCAGGCAAGAAUUCCUUCUGAUCCCAAUGCAUGGCAACAAAUGCGUGAGAACUAUGAGGCCAUAAUACUUGAGGAUCAUGCUUUUUCUGAGCAGCAUGAAAUAGAGUAUGCUCUGUGGCAGUUGCAUUACAGGAGAAUCGAGGAGCUGAGAGCAUACUUGACAGCUGCGUCCCAGAAUGGGAAAGGUCCUUCUCGCCCUGAUCGGAUUACAAAAAUCCGCUCCCAAUUCAAGACCUUUCUUUCAGAAGCAACUGGAUUUUAUCAUGAUCUAAUUCUGAAGAUCAGGGCAAAGUAUGGAUUGCCUCUCGGCUAUUUCUCUGAGGAUCCAGAGAAUCAAAUUGUUCUGACAAAAGAUGGGAAGAAGUGUGCUGAGAUGAAGAAAGGCUUGAUGUCCUGUCACCGUUGUCUAAUAUAUUUGGGUGACCUUGCUCGUUACAAAGGAAAUUAUGGAGAGGGUGAUUCCAGAACUCGUGAUUAUGCAGCUGCUUCAAGUUAUUACUUGCAAGCUGCCUCUCUGUGGCCAUCAAGUGGCAAUCCUCAUCAUCAGCUUGCAAUAUUGGCCUCUUAUUCUGGUGAUGAUUUGGUGGCAAUUUAUCGCUACUUUCGAAGCUUGGCAGUGGAUAGCCCUUUUUCAACUGCAAGGGACAACUUGAUCAUUGCAUUUGAGAAGAACCGUCAUAGUUACUCACAGCUGCCUGGGGAACCAAAAUUGUCUAGUGUCAAGACAGUCCCCACGCGGGUUUCUGGGAAAGGAAGAGGGAAGGGGGAAGCAAGGUCUCCAUCUAAAGAUGCCAAAAUUGGAGCUGUGAAGGAUCAAUCAGCUAAUAUUCCUGAGAUUUUUAAAGCAUUCUGUAUUCGGUUUGUUCGACUGAAUGGCAUUCUUUUUACACGCACAAGCUUGGAAACUUUUGGAGAUGUCUUCUCUUUGGUUACUAGUGAUUUGCGUGAGCUGCUUUCUUCUGGGCAAGAAGAGGAGCUAAACUUUGGUUCAGAUGCUGCUGAGAAUGGGCUUACUAUCAUUAGGAUUAUUGCCAUUCUUGUAUUCACAGUUCACAAUGUGAAUAGGGAGGUUGAUGGCCAGUCAUAUGCCGAAAUCUUACAGCGGUCUGUUCUACUUCAGAAUGCAUUUACUGCUGCUUUUGAGUUUGUGGGUCACAUUCUUGAAAGAUGUAUACAGUUGCUUGAUCCAUCAUCAAGUUUUCUUUUACCAGGCAUUCUUGUUUUUGUGGAGUGGUUGGCCUGCCGUCCUGACAUUGCUGCUGGCAGUGAUGUUGAGGAGAAGCAAGCUUCUGCACGAUCAUUCUUCUGGAACCAGUGGAUAUCCUUUAUGAACAAGCUCAUGUCAUGUGGAUCUGUGCCUAUUGAUGAUAAUGAAGAUGAGAGUUGCUUUUUCAAUAUGAGCCGGUAUGAUGAAGGUGAAACAGGAAAUCGCAUUGCCCUGCCAGAGGACUUUGAGUUAAGGGGAUUCUUACCACUUAUUCCUGCACAACUCAUUCUGGAUUUUUCAAGGAAGCAUUCCUUUGGUGAUGGUGGGAACAAAGAGAAAAGGUCUCGUGUCCAGAGGAUUGUAGCAGCAGGAAGGGCUCUUGUAAAUGUAGUUCGAAUUGAUCAGCAGGGAGUUUAUUUUGAUCAGAAACUGAAGACAUUUAUUAUUGGUGUUGCGCCUCAAUUGGCUGAGAAUACCCUUACUUGUUCAGAAGUAGCCAAACCUAAUGGUGUGAAACAAGUAAAUUCAGUGGAAGAAAAUUUGAAUUUGGAGGCAAUGCAAUCAAAAGCACAGUUCUAUAUGGAAGGUGAAGAUGAGGAUGAGGAAAUUGUUUUCAAACCAACAGUGGUUGACAAACCUGUUGAUCAGAUGAUUCCAAAGUGGAUGCCAUAUGAUACUUGGGGUCCUGUCCCACAUGCUACCAAUGCUGAUUAUGGAGCUUAUGUCAGUUCAACCUCAGCCACUACCAACAAUCUUUCCCUGCCAAUUUCUCUGGAUUCAAGUUCAAGACUGUCAGCCCCUUUUGCUAAUAACAUUCCCAGUCAUCUUCAACCAAUUAGUACAAGUGCUUCAAAGUGGAUUAUGGAUCAGCAAGAUUCUCUUGCAACUGGCUUGGCAAAUUUGAGCUUUGUGGGGAAUGGGCUGAUUAGAAAACCAGAAUUACAAGAAGGCUUUAAUAUUUCACAGCCACCUUCUGAUCUUUCACAUCUUCCACAGCCCAACAUCAUUGCUGGCAAUAUGUUUUUGGGUUCGACAAAGGCUCCAGGAACUGAGAUACCAUCUAAAUUUGAUUCAAUUAUGUUGCCAGGAACUAAUGCUGAGAAUUUUACUGUGAAGCCGUCAUCAGUGUCUCAUGCAAAUUUGAGAAAAAGUCCAGUGAGCCGACCUGUUAGGCAUCUUGGACCCCCACCUGGGUUUAGUACUGUUCCUCCUAAACAGGUGGAUGACCCCAUAUCUGGUUCUGAUUUGAAGACUGGAAAUCCAUUAAUUGAUGACUACAGCUGGUUAGAUGGAUAUCACUUAUCAUCAACAAAAGAAACAACACAAAACUCCAUCGGUCACAUGACACAUGCUUAUCCCCAUUAUAGUGUUACAAGUAGCAGCAGCAGCAGCAGUACAUCUACCUUUCCUUUUCCUGGAAAACAAGUUCCAAGUGUGCAGCUCCCAGUGGAAAACCAGAAAAGCUGGCAGGAGCAUUUAAAACUCUACCAGGGACAGCAGCAUCAGCUGCUUCAGCAGGGAAAUAAGGAGGCUACUCCAAUUCCAGAGCAAUAUCAGGGACAGUCUCUCUGGACAGGCCGUUUAUUCGUGUGAGAUCCUUAUCAGAGCAUAGAUGGUUUUGAAGAAUCUAUUUUGGUGAAGCCUUGUGGCCUGGUGCUACUGAAUUUGGCCUCGACCUUUGCAGCAGCCUUAAGUGUUAUUAAAUUUCUGUUGGAGCAUUGAUGGUCUUGGAGUGUUGCAGGCACUUGCCUCUGAAUCAGCUUGUGCCAAGAUUUCCAGACCAGAGGAGCAAACAUCCUGAAGGGGUGUAAUGAUGAGAAAACUUCUAAAAGUAAAUGCCUUGUCUGGUUGGGAUUGGUUGGAGAUUUAAUGAUUAUCAAGAUCUUCGAUGGGUUUGGGGUGGUGUCUCAUAGAGCUGGUUGAAGUGAAUGGAAGUAUUUGCCACAACUAGACUGUGAGAACAGUUCAUCUGUUGGAGAAAGGUGUAGCCGUUGAAGGAAUGUCAUUAAUCAUUAUAGUCAUCACCGUCAGCAGCAGCAUCAGCAGCAAUAGGCAGUUAUGAUGUGUUAAGAUAGAUACUUGGAGAGAGUGUAGCUUUGCUUGAUAACUUCCCGGAGCACAUCAUGUUGGUGGAGGGUUCCUGAAAGGAGUUUAGGUUAUAAUGAAAUAAAAUGGGACGGUCGCUGAACGGGAAGUAUAUGAAGAGAAUAAUAUCUAAAUUAGUAUGAUACUGCUAGUGGUUAAGAUGCUAUUCCAGGGCUUGUAUAAGAUUGAUAAUAAUGUUAUUGAACUCCGAAUGGUUUUCUUUUGUUUCAGUUGAAUCUGUUGUCCGGCUUUGAACUGUUGGUAAAUUACCUAAUAAAUGAUUGUGUGAGAAAAGUAAAUAAAUUGUUGAAAUCCCAUCUUUUUGCUUU